AUGCCACUGCGAUGCCUAGGAGGUUGGCUGGACCUCCCUUCCAGCAGUCAGUCAAGAUGGUCUUUGUUGCUUCUUUUUACGAUAUGGCUAGGCUCAGUCAAUGCGAUGACGCCCGCGCGAAUUACGGAGUUACGGAAGGAGACGGUGGAUAUGUUUUAUCAUGGGUUUGACAAUUAUAUGGAUAUUGCAUUCCCAGAGGAUGAGCUGAGGCCUGUAUCCUGUACACCCCUCACUCGAGACGCCCAAAACCCUCGACAUCUUGAACUAAAUGAUGUACUCGGGAACUAUUCUCUUACAUUGAUCGACAGUCUCUCGACUCUCGCAAUAUUGGCAUCUGCCCCUUCGGAUCAAGAAGGAACUGGCCCAACAGCACUCGAAGAUUUUCAACAUGGGAUCGCUUCUUUAGUAAUACAAUAUGGCGAUGGGACAAGCGGAGCGUCCGGCAAAGGCCUACGUGCUCAAGGUUUUGACUUGGACAGUAAGGUGCAAGUUUUUGAGACAGUCAUCAGAGGCGUGGGCGGAUUACUGAGUGCGCAUGAAUUCGCUGCUGGAAUUCUGCCAAUAAAUGGGUACAAACCACGAGCUAGCAACAGCAAGUCGAAGAAGAUCUCGAAAAUAUAUCAACCUUCGAUUUUGUGGCCGAAUGGGUUUGAAUAUAAUGGACAACUUCUGCGCCUAGCUCUGGAUCUAGCUGAGCGUCUACUGCCCGCUUUCUACACUGCGACCGGUAUGCCAUACCCUAGAGUUAAUUUGCGGCACGGUAUACCAUUUUAUGUGAAUUCGCCCUUGCAUGAAGGAUUAGGUCUUAGCGACUUUAUAGAAGAGGGCGCUCCUGAGAUUACCGAAACAUGCAGCGCUGGAGCAGGUAGUUUGGUGUUGGAAUUUACGACUUUGAGCCGCCUCACCGGAGAUCCAAGAUUCGAGCAACUGGCUAAGCGAGCGUUCUGGGCUGUUUGGAAUAGGCGAAGUGACAUUGGACUCAUUGGGGCAGGAAUUGAUGCAGAGAACGGUCAAUGGAUUGGAUCAUAUGCUGGAAUAGGGGCGGGAACUGACAGCUUCUUUGAAUACGCAUUCAAGACACACAUUCUGCUUUCCGGACAAGACAUUCCCAAUACGACAACGCAUAGACAACAACAGCAUGAAUCGUGGUUGGAUCCAAAUACAAUCUACAAUGAAUUGAGUGUUGAAGAAAACUCCCCAGAAGCUUUCCUUGCAGUCUGGCACGAAGCUCACACAGCAAUCAGGAGACACUUAUACAGUCCCACCCAUCACCCACAUUACGUCAAUGUGCAUCUUCGCACCGGAUCCCCUCAGGCAUUCUGGAUUGACAGUCUUGGAGCUUAUUAUCCAGGUUUACUGACUCUAGCUGGUGAGGUUGAGGAAGCAAUCGAAACUAGUCUAUUAUACACCGCGUUAUGGACGAGAUACGCAGCUCUUCCUGAAAGAUGGUCGGUACGCGACGGACACGUAGAAGGAGGACUCGGUUGGUGGCCUGGGCGCCCUGAGUUCAUAGAAUCGAAUUACCACCUUUAUCGGGCGACGAAAGAUCCCUGGUAUCUUCACGUUGGAGAAAUGGUUUUGGCAGAUAUCAAACGGAGAUGUUGGGCAACAUGUGGUUGGUCAGGUCUACAAGAUGUGCGUACCGGAGAAAAGAGUGAUCGUAUGGAAAGUUUCUUUCUUGGAGAAACGGCCAAGUAUCUCUAUCUACUUUUUGACCCAGAUCAUCCGAUGAAUGAUCUCGAUGCUGCUUAUGUAUUUACGACCGAGGGGCACCCUCUUGUGCUUCCUCGAGGAAAGUCGGAGUAUCCCGUCGCAGCUCGUACGCCUGCAACUAGUAAGGCAGUUCAACCGCACUAUAAGGCAGAUCUUAGGGAUACUUGCCCUGUAGCUCUACCACCAGUACCUUUCACUAUCUCCUCUACAGCGGCUAGGACAGAUGUAUUCCACGCGUCAAGUCUCAUAGGUUUACAUAUGAUUCCAAAUCAUCACGCCACGAUAGAAGGUGAAAAUAUCAAGGUCAACAAUCAUACAUACUUUCCGUGGACUUUGCCAACCUCAAUGAUGCCAAGUAAUGGUACUUGCGAUCGUCUCCCAGUAACUACCACUUUUACGAUUGAAUUUCCUAAUAACAAUCCUUUGAACACUCAUUCGGCCAAAAACGGGUUCAACGUCGUCUUUAAUAUUCCACAAAGUCUUGAUCGUACAAAUGAUGGUAGGAUAUUGGUUAAGAGUCUGUCCGGUCUGAAGAUGGGUAUGAUACAUGAGAGCCAAUCGCCUUCUUCCGGAAUUAAUCGGCAGGUCUCGGAAUCCUGGAGAGUCGGCAGUAUUGCCAACAUAGCGUUAGGGAGGGAUGAGCAGAUAUUGAUACCACGAGAUGUGAUAGGAGAUCUUACUGAUCCUUCAUUCUCACGCAUAAGAGACGCAGUAUUGGUUGAUCUGGUCAUACAACUUGAACACGUUCACGAUCAAAACAAAAACAUGUCAGGAAGCGUCGAAGAAUUACUCGAGGAAGAUCAAAUCUACGAAGAUACCCCGGGUCUAGCCUUGGAAGAGUCAAUGAGCAAUGCAGGGCUAGCAGAAUACAGAACCUUACUAAGUUCUCUCCUCCACCAAGUAACAUCUGCUCUCCGCGACCCGACCGCUACUCUACUCCCACAGCCUGAAAGCCCUUCCACUUAUACCUACGUUACCCUUCCGGCUGUUUUGCCCACUGGUAAAGGUGCUUAUCUCCUCAUCAAUGCUCCGGAAGCCCCAGAUCCCAAUUCCGCCAAAACCUCCUCCGCCACUCUUUCUUUCACGAGUGUUUUCUUCGCUGGUGAGGCCUGUGGCGGAAAACUCCCCGACGAAGCAGUCAAACAGCAUCAUGUUAUCAUCAUGAAACGUGGCGGUUGCACAUUUUCCGAAAAGCUAUCUAAUAUUCCCAGCUACACACCCACAUCUAAAGGUCUCAAGCUAGUUAUCAUGGUUUCAGACAACAAAGAAGACGUAGAAUCGGGUGAGGAAAACAUGGAGGAUCAAAUGGGUUCAGUGAAGGGGGAGCGAGAGUUAAUCAGACCACUAUUGGAUAAACCACAACUAACACCAAGUGGUCUUUUGAGACAUCAUCAGGUUAGUAUGAUAAUGAUCGGGGGAGGUGAUGAAGCCGUCGAAGCUUUGAGACAGGCUAAGAGUGUCGGUAUCAGACGAAGAUAUCAUGUGGAAAGUCAGGGCCUAACGAUCAACAACAUUUUUGUGGGGUUCUUUUACAUUACGUCGGCAGAAGCUGUAUCUCUCGUCUCUGCGGGAGAAGUUUUGAGGAGUAGCUAG